AUCGAGCAGACGUCCCGAGAGCAGAAGGUCAUCAAGCAGAAGAAGUUCAAGAGGGCAUCCUCAGCGGGUCCAGCCCGUCGCCUGACUCCGCUGAAGGAGGCCGAUGCGGAGGACCCAGGGAGCUUCGCGAGCGGCAGCGAGAUCCAGGACUGGCAGAAGGCGAACCCCAUGCUGGACGAGAUCCUCGACACUGAGGGGAUGAGCGAGCACGAGCUGCAGCUGUUCCACGAAGGAGCUCUUCGCCUCGAGCCGGCAAAGGAGAACACGGACGACUGCCCCCAUCCUCCUUGGGCGCAAUGGUCGAGAGCCAACGGGCACGCGACCUACAAGUUCUGCGGGCGCUGCAACACCAGGAUCGCCUACCACAAGAAGACCGAGGAGGAGAAGGCCGAAGCGGCCGUUCGCCGGAUGGCGAAGGCCAAGUCGGCGCAGGUGCGCAAGGAGGUCAAGCAGAUGGUGGAGCAGCAGGUCAAGCGGUACGAGGGACCUCGCGCAGGGAUAUCCGUGGACGCCACGUCCAAAGCGCCAGCCAACCUGUACGUGUACCCGAAGAACGGCUACGUUCCCAUCAAGGCGGCGCCCACGGUCGACCCGUACGGCCACAUCUCCAGUGUUCCCCCGCCGGCGACAGCGAUCCCAGCGAAGCCUCCUCCAGGCACGAGACCCUUGAACCAGCUCGAAGUGAUGCAGGCUAUCUCAGACAUGACCCAUACAGUCCAGCAGCAGCGCUGGAAGAACGAGCGCAAUUUCCAGAGCAUGAGCGAGAUGAUCAAUCACCCAGCCCUGACCGACAGCGACAUGGAGCGCCUGGCCUGCACCAUGAUCAGGGUGAUGCAGCGGGUGAGCCAAGGAGAUACUCCGUCGAGCGGGUCGGGAGCUACCCAGGUGCCGGAGGAGCCCGAGGAUCUAGACGGCGG